GUCAGACUCGGGGCAAGCUUUCGUUUUUCUUCCCCCUAUUUAUUUUCUGAAAAUCCAUUUUUUCCUUUUCCCCUUCUCUCUUUCCCCUUCUCAUUUCCUUCCUUAAUUAAUUUUUUUUUUCGUCCAACUUUUUUUUUUCCGCUUUUUUUCUUCCGUCUCGGCCAUGUCGACGGUGGCGGAGAUGGAACCUCUGACGUCCGGCGCGAGCAAUCGCAUCAUCCCGAUCCUCAGAGUCCUGAGGAAAUCCCUCAUUUUCAUCCAAUCGAUCUUCCUCGCCCUCCUCCUUGUCCUCUUCCCGCGCCGCCGACCUUCUUCUUCGUCUACGUCGGCGGAUUCGUCCGCCUCCUCCAACUCCUCGAAGCGCCGAUCGAUGUGGAGGCUGGAGGAGGAGGAUACCUUGCGGAGGAGAGCCCUUGCCGAGGUCAUCGAUAUGACCGUCGACGGUGACACUCGGUGCCGGUGGAGCACCUCUUUGUUCUUCGGCGUGAAACGGAAUGCUCUGUUCUGCCGCUCCUGGUUCCCGCUUCACGACGAUUUGAAGGGAAUUUUGGUCAUCAUCCAUGGGCUUAACGAGCACGGUGGAAGGUAUGCUCACUUUGCGAAGCAGCUAAACUCGUCGAACUUUGGAGUCUAUGCUAUGGACUGGAUAGGUCACGGUGGAAGCGAUGGAUUGCACGGAUAUGUUCCUUCUCUCGACCAUGUCGUUGCAGAUACUGUAAGUUCAGUGUUCCCACUAAUGUGCAUUCAGUUCAAUUGUGAUCGCCCUGUGUCAAGUUGGAUUUUCUCAGGGGCUUUCUUGGAGAAGAUAAAGUCUGAUAAUCCUGGAGUACCGUGCUUCCUUUUUGGUCACUCAACUGGAGGAGCUGUGGUUUUGAAGGCAGCUUCAUAUCCUCGCAUUCAAGAGAUGGUGGAGGGCAUUGUGCUAACCUCGCCUGCUUUGCGUGUUAAGCCUGCACAUCCAAUUGUUGCGGCUCUGGCUCCUAUUGUUUCGCUGGUCGCCCCAAGGUUCCAGUUCAAAGGAGCCAACAAGAGGGGCAUUCCUGUGUCGAGGGAUCCUGCAGCACUGUUGGCCAAGUACUCCGAUCCAUUGGUCUACACCGGUCCCAUACGAGUCCGAACGGGCCAUGAGAUACUGCGCAUCUCAUCCUACUUGAUGCGCAACAUCAAAUCCGUCACGGUUCCAUUCUUCGUGCUUCAUGGAACGGCUGACAGAGUCACCGAUCCCUUAGCAUCACAGGAUCUCUACAAUGAAGCCGCCUCCAAGUUCAAGGACAUAAGGCUGUACGAAGGGUUCUUGCACGACCUUCUCUUCGAACCGGAGAGGGAGGAGAUUGCCCAGGAGAUAAUCGACUGGAUGGAAACGAAGCUAGCUGCUGGAUUCUGAAGAAUAAGUGUUUAUAGACGUUGGGUAGACUAGUUUGCAGAUGCGAAGUAGGUGCAACAGCUGCUAUCCUACAAGAUUUAGGAACCCACAAGGCUGCGUUUGGCAAAACGUUUGUUUCUUGGCCUUGAAUGUGACAGUUUCUUUCUGUAAAUUCUAUCCUACAGUCGUAAUAUCUAUUUUUUAGCUUCUACACUUUGCCAACUGUAUGUAAAAUUGUCUUUCUGCUUCUGCUGAAACUAGUAGCAGAAGAACAGUAUAAAGACACUUCCUUUCAGUUGAAAAAAAUGUAAAGAGCUCAAAGGCGUUUUGUAUUAGGCUUUGAAUUUACGAACCUCCAGCAGACCCAACCCAAUAUCUUCUUAAGCUCACCAUGGGCCGUCUUCAAAGGCCCACUACUCAACAGAUCCAACCGAAUCCUCCAUUUUCCGUGCCGCGGAUACCAGAACCAACUCAUACU